AUGGGACCAUCAAGCCGGAAUAAGUCGCUAAAGAGUAGAUUGUCGAAUACUUCGCUAUCUAAUCUCUUCCACUUGUCGAAGAAGAGAAAGCACAGUGAUGAUGAAGCUGAAAGUGAAGCUGAGGGCGAGGAAGAAAGUGAAUUUGAUUCACAGCAAAGCACUGAUCAGAACACUACAGGUGAGACUGAAGAUACUCAAGUGGCAAAGAGACAUCACUCACAAAAACAUGAAGAGGAUAAAAAAUUUGAAGAGGAAGAAUUACAAAGAGAUGCUGAAUUACCAGAAGACUUGCGGAAAUAUAGACCAAGAGGUUUUAAGUUGAAUAUACCACCAAAGGACAGACCUGUUAGAGUCUAUGCAGAUGGUGUCUUUGACCUGUUCCAUUUGGGACACAUGAAGCAAUUGGAACAGUGUAAGAAGUCUUUACCCAAUGUUGUACUUAUCUGUGGUGUUCCUAGUGACUCUGUAACUCAUAAGCUUAAGGGUCUUACUGUGCUUACAGAUGAACAAAGAUGCGAGACCUUGUACCAUUGUAAAUGGGUUGACGAAGUGAUCCCUAAUGCACCAUGGUGUGUUACACCUGAAUUCUUAGCACAACACAAGAUUGAUUACGUGGCUCACGAUGAUAUUCCUUAUGGUAGCGCUGAUAGUGAUGAUAUCUAUAGACCUAUCAAGGAGCUGGGUCAAUUUCUCACUACACAACGUACUGAUGGUAUUUCCACAAGUGAUAUUAUCACUAGAAUCAUUAAGGAUUAUGACAAGUACUUGGUGCGUAAUUUUGCAAGAGGUGCCACCAGACAAGAACUUAACGUAUCUUGGCUCAAGAAAAAUGAAUUGGAUUUCAAGAAGCACGUUAAUGAGUUCAGAGCAUAUUUCAAAAAGAAUCAAGAGAACUUGAACAACGUUUCCAAGGACUUGUAUUUCGAAGUAAGAGAAAUCUUAUUACGUAAAACUUUGGGCCGUAAACUUUACUCCAAAUUAGCUGGUGAUGGUGGAGGGGAGUUACAAGACACUUUAUCGAAGAGAGGAAAAUUAAUCAGAGAGAAAUCGCCAGUCAGUGAUUUUGCUAGCCAAUUCACGGGUGAAGAAAAGUCGGGCUCAAGUAAUAAAUUAGAGCAAGGAAAUGAUGCUCACUACGAAAAGCAUGAAAGAUCACCCCGUAGGAGAGGUAGUAGUAGUACUAGUAAGAGAAGUCAACAGAGAAAAAUGAAGCGCUAA